AUGAGUAAGGCUUAUCACCCUUAUCAUUUAGUGGACCCUAGUCCAUGGCCUUAUAUAGGCGCAAUUGGGGCCCUACUAAUUACAGUGGGCUCAGUGUUAUAUUUUCAUUACAGUUAUACAUGGAUAAUGUAUUUAGGCGCAAUAACUAUAAUAUUAACAAUGUUUGUUUGGUGGAAAGAUAUUAUUAGAGAAGCCACUUUCCAAGGACACCACACUCAAAUAGUAAAAAAAGGAUUAAGAUAUGGUAUGAUCCUUUUUAUUACUUCUGAAGUUUGCUUCUUUUUUGCGUUCUUUUGGGCUUUCUUUCAUAGUAGUUUAUCUCCCACUAUAGAAUUGGGGGCUGUUUGGCCCCCUGUUGGUAUAGAAGUGUUAGACCCAUUUUCUGUGCCCCUAUUAAACACAGCUAUAUUACUUAGUUCAGGAGCAACAGUUACAUGGGCACAUCACGCCAUAGUUAGCGGACAAAGAUUAGAGGCCAUACAAUCACUGACUUGUACCGUAAUCCUUGGAAUUCAAUUCACAGCCCUACAAGCUAUGGAGUAUUACGAAGCGCCCUUUGCGAUUUCCGACUCCGUCUAUGGUUCAACCUUUUUUAUGGCCACAGGUUUUCAUGGUUUUCAUGUUAUAAUAGGGACUGUAUUUUUGACUGUGUGUCUAGCUAGACUAAUAGGUUAUCACUAUACUCGUCAUCAUCAUUUUGGUUUUGAGGCUGCUAGUUGGUAUUGGCAUUUUGUAGAUGUGGUUUGGUUGUUUUUGUAUGUAUGUAUUUACUGGUGGGGCUCUUAG